GGCGGGGAAGGAAGAGAACCGAAUAUUUGUAGGAGGAUUAUCAUGGGAUGUCACGGAGCGACAGCUUGAGCAUGCGUUUAGUCGCUUUGGCAAAAUCCUUGAAUCUCAGGACUGCAUCUGUAUGGAAGAUAAUAGAUUCUGCACUACUCUGUAGCACUAAGUUGGGUGCUUAUAGCAUUGCCGUGACUGCAUUAUCUCCUUCAGAAUUGAUAACAAGAGCUUUUUCAAGUUAUCUACUUGUGCAACCCAAACUGCUGAAGUUAUAAGAUAUUGCACUCAAUAUUUGUGGCGGCCAGCUGAACCAGCUUUUAGAUUUCUUAUCCUAAGCUGAUGGCAUGUGGAUAUGAGAAGUAUGCUAUUUUAGGGUAGCUUAUGCUUGCAAGCGUAAUCUAACUUCAUCAGGAAAUGCAUUUUGUUAACAAGUCGUGGUUGAUGAGCGGGACGAUUGUUCUCUUGAUUUUGAUAAGUUCUGCUACUAUGACCUCUGAUAGAUCCUUUUUGGUCUCCCUGCUGACUGGAUUAGCCAAUCCUAGAAGCAGCUAGUUUUUGGGCUUGGUUUCCAAAUUGAAGAAAACUGUGAUGAGGCCUGAUGAUGUUGUAUCUGCUUCUUAUGUCAAUAAUAGAUUGCAGAAAAGCCAGUUGAUAUGGGAAGUUUUUUGGCUUGGAAAAGAUUUGAUUUUGGCCCAACAUGGAAACCUGUCUAUUGUUUGUUAACACUUACCAUUGGGAAUGUAACCAUCUUUGAAAGAAAUACUAGCACUGAUUACUGGUUUAAUCAGGAUGUCCAGUUUGUAUCAUAAAGAGAGGAAGAGAGAAAAAGAAAAUCGGAAAGAAAACCAUUUGUUUGACUGUAUGGGGAUUAUGAUAACGUAUCCAUAAACUGUAAUGUCAGAUUCUUUGGGAAAUGAGAUCAGGUCAGAGUUCUCCUACUUUAUCAGAUCAGAAAAAGGAAAAAUGUGCAGUAUCUUCUGUUUUGUUUUAAGAAUCUUUCCAAUAUCAAACACAUAUCGAUGCCUUACUAUAACAAGGAGAAAGUACUAUUACUUGCUUUAGAUUUUCUCUGUUGUUUGCCAUUAGCUUCUUGUGUCUGUGUGCGUGUAGAUCAUGUUGGAAAGAGAUACAAGGCGUCCACGUGGAUUUGGAUUUAUUACAUUUGCAGAUCGUCGGUCCAUGGAUGAAGCUAUCAGGGAGAUGCAUGGACGGGAGUUUGGAGAACGCAUAAUAUCAGUGAACAAGGCUCAACCUAAAAUGGGUGAAGAUCUUGACCAUGGCUAUAGAGGUUACUCAUCAAGUGGCAGGGGAGGCUAUGCAGGUGGAGACAGGCCUGUAGGACAGGAUGAAUGCUUCAAAUGUGGACGCUUUGGGCAUUGGGCCCGAGAUUGCCCUUCAGCUGGUGGUGGUGGCCGAGGUGGGAGUGGUGGCAUGUUUUCUUCACGUUCAAGGUAUGGAGGGGCUGAUGACCGUGGCGAUCGCUUCAGAGAUCGUGAUCGGUAUGUUGAUGACCGUUAUGAUGGUGGACGCUAUGGGGAUAGGGACCGUUUUGACAGCAGAGAUGAUAGGUAUGGAAGCCGCGAUCGGUAUAUUGGUGACAGGUAUCCCCCUAGUGGAGAUCGAUUUGGUGAUCGUUAUGGUGGUUCAGAUCAUUUUCCUCAAAAUGGUUAUGGCAAAGAGAGAGCCUUUCGUGAUGUUGCUUCAAGAGGUGGUGAUAGGUAUGGAAGUGGAGGGCCAGCACGCAAUGAUGGAAGAAGCUACAGGAACAGGGGCGGUCCUUAUGAUCGUCCAGGCAGGGGAGGACGCCCUUCUUCCUUUGACCGCUAUUAAGUGUUUUCAGUAUACUCUUUGAACUUUUAGGUCUGAACUGUAUGCUAGGUACUCGUUUUGUCUAUCAAUCAUGUAGGAUUUGCUUGAACUUCGGUGAAUGGUAGGAUUGACGUAUGCAACUUUACUUAAUUAGAGAACCUGUUCACUUAUUUCUUGCUACAUGAAUGCAUUUCCGUAGUCAUCAAAA